AUGGCUCAUCUGACUACUCUGCUAGCAGCUCCUACAACUGCUCCUACGAUGACAGCUCAUCCAAUUGCUCCUCUAUUGGCAGCUCUUCUGACUGCUCCUCCUCUGCUGACAGCUCCUCUGACUGCUCCUCUGCUGGCACGACUGCUCUCCUCCGACUGCUCCUCUGCUCUCCUCUGCUCUCUGCUGGCAGCUCUCCGACUGCUCCUCUGGCAGCUCCUCCAACUCUCCUCCAACUGCUCCUCGCAGCUCCUCUGCUCCUCGGAAGGCAGCUCAUCCAACUGCUCCUCUGCUGGCAGCUCUUCCUCUGCUGGCAGCUCAUCCAACUGCUCUGCUGGCAGCUCAUCCAACUGCUCCUCUGCUGGCAGCUCAUCCAACUGCUCCUUUGCUGGCAGAUCAUCCAACUGCUCCUCGGCUGGCAGCUCCUCUGCUGGCAGCUCCUCUGACUGCUCCUUGGCUGGCAGCUCAUCCGACUACUCUGCUGGCAGCUCCUACAACUGCGCCUACAAUGACAGCUCAUAA